ACAGAAGCUGAGAAGAGGACAACAGGCACUUUUCAGACUGCCUUCUGCAGAACUAGUACUGAUUACAUCGUGUGUUGUCUCCUCAACUAACCAACCUGAGAGCUUGUGCUUUAGCUCUCCUCUGAUAGUUCAUGAGCUGUAAGAUUCUUAUCUGAAGUUGUCCUUUGUUGUCCGGGAAUCGGAUCAAUCAAAUCGAUCUGGAGUCGUUCGUCAUUUAUUGUGGCUUCAGUGUUUUCAAGAAACAACAAAAAAGUUAAUCAAGACGUGUGCUUUUGUUUUAAUACUUUUGGUUAAGUUCAUGUAAAGCAUAUUGCGCAUCCGUGUUUGGGGUUUGAAAAUACGGUGUUGCAAAAUGGACCUAAACUGCAACUAACUCGGGAUACUUUUGCAGUGACUCAAGUAUAAAGAAUAACUGAAAGACUUGUUUUCCCGUACUUUUUUGGAUAAAGAUCAAUCAUGGAAGAGGGGCAACAGAACCGCGUCCUCCACAGCACCAAAGAGUCGGACCGCGAGCAACGCUUGAGGCUCUGUGUUUUACAUGAAAUCUUGAACACCGAGAGGGAUUACGUUCGGGUAUUGCUUUUCCUUCAAUCGGCCUUUUUGCACAGAAUCCGACAAACUGCAGAGGAGCAACAGUGUCUGUCACCUGAGCAUGUCAAGACCCUGUUUUCCAACAUCGAGUCCAUCCUGGACGUUCACAAAGAGGUUCUGUCUGCAGUGGAGGCCAGUCUGCAGCCGGAGCCGCAGCCUGGGCACGGCCUUGGACACGUCUUCCUCCAGUUUAAGGGGCGGUUCUCUGUGUAUGGGGAGUACUGCAGUAACAACGAGAAGGCCCUGCGGCUGCUGAUGGAGCUCAACAAGAUCCCCGAAAUCAGGACCUUCCUCCUGCACUGUAUGCUGUUGGGAGGGAAGAAGAGCACAGACAUUCCCCUGGAGGGGCACCUGCUAUCACCCAUUCAGAGAAUCUGCAAGUAUCCCCUCUUACUGAAGGAGCUGCUGAAGCGGACGCCCAAGAAGCACUCGGACUACCCUGCGGUGGAGGAGGCCCUGCAGGCCAUGAAGGCAGUGUGCUCCAACAUCAAUGAGACCAAGAGACAGAUGGAGAAAUUGGAGGCCCUGGAGCAGCUACAGUCGCACAUCGAGGGCUGGGAGGGCACCAAUCUGACUGACAUCUGCACCGAGCUGCUGCUCCACGGCAACCUGCUCAAGAUCUCCGCCGGCAACAUCCAAGAGAGAGUCUUCUUCCUGUUUGACAACCUCCUGGUCUACUGCAAGAGGAAGUCCAGGGUAACUGGGAAGAAAUCCACAAAGAGGACCAAGUCCAUCAAUGGCCCCCUGUAUGUGUUCAGAGGAAGAAUCAACACAGAGGUGAUGGAAGUGGAAAACGUUGAGGAUGGAACAGCUGACUACCACAGCAACAACUACACAGUGACCAACGGCUGGAAGCUCCACAACACGGCCAAGAACAAGUGGUUCGUCUGCAUGGCCAAGAACGCAGAGGACAAGCAGAAGUGGCUCGACGCCAUCUUGAGGGAACGAGAGCAGAGAGAGAGUCUGAAGCUUGGGAUGGAGCGGGAUGCCUACGUUAUGAUCGCCAAGAAAGGCGAGAAGCUUUACCAUAUGAUGAUGACCAAGAGCCGCCACCUGAUCAAGGACCGGCGCCGAAAGUUGACUACCGUGCCCAAGUGCUUCAUGGGAAAUGAGUUUGUGUCGUGGCUGAUGGAGAGUGGAGAGAUCAGCACGCCAGACGAGGGGGUCAACUUGGGUCAAGCUCUGCUGGAGAACGGAAUCAUCCACCAUGUGUCAGACAAGCACCAGUUCAAGAACGAGCCGGUGUUUUACCGUUUCCGCUACGAUGACGGCACCUACAAGGCCAGGAGCGAGAUGGAGGACAUCAUGUCAAAGGGCGUGAGGCUUUACUGUCGUCUGCACAGCCUGUAUACCCCUGUCGCCAAGGAUAGAGACUACCAUUUAAAAACCUUCAAGUCUGUGUUGCCUGCCAGCAAACUUGUGGACUGGCUCUUGUCACAGGGUGAUUGUUCCACACGUGAGGAAGCGGUGACAAUGGGGGUCGGACUGUGCAACAACGGCUUCAUGCACCAUGUUCUGGAGAAGACUGAGUUCAAAGACGAGUCGCAGUUCUUUCGUUUCUACGCCGACGAGGAGAUGGAGGGUACCAACUCCAAGAGCAAGCAGCUGCAGCGCAACGACUUUAAGCUCAUCGAGAACAUCCUGGUCAAGUCCCUAGUGAUCCACCCGGAGGAGGAAGACUACGGCUUUGAGAUUGAGGAGAAGAACAAGGCCAUCGUGGUGAGGUCUGUCACCAGGGGCUCUCACGCUGAGAUGGCGGGGCUGCAGGAGGGCAGGAAGAUCUUCACCAUCAACGAGGACCUGGUGUUUCUCAGGCCCUUCCAGGAGGUGGAGACCAUGAUCAGCCAGGCCUUCUGCAUCCGCCGCUCCUUACGCCUGCUGGUCAACACCAAGUCCAAGGAGAUUGUGAAGAUUCCAGACACUCCCUAUGCCCUGUCCUUCAAACUCAGUGGCUCUGCCCCACCUCAUGUACAUGCAGUAAGGAAAGGGUCGGAGGCGGCGGUGGCAGGCCUCCAGCCAGGUCAGUGCAUCCUGAAGGUGAAUGGCAACAACAUGAACCAUAGCGACUACCAGGAGGUCCUGGAGCACUUCACCUCCCACCACGACCAGCAGGAUCAGCCCGACAUGUGUCAGUGGGUGUACCGUGCGUUUGAGGACGUGGAGGAGGAGGGGGGCUCGUUCAAGGCCUGCGCAGAAGAGAAAUGCUCAGACAUAGAUGAGGAGCACGGCAGGAACGGAACAGACUACAGGGGGGGCCUGAGCCAGCUGUCUCUGUCUGAUGACACGGUGCCCCUGGUGAGCAUGACGGUGGACAACGUGCACCUGGAGCACGGCGUGGUGUACGAGUAUGUCAGUACAGCCGGCAUCAAGUGCCACGUCCUGGAGAAGAUGGUGGAGCCCAAGGGCUGCUUCAGCCUUACUGCGAAGAUCCUGGAGGCCUUUGCAAGAGACGACAGUCAUUUUGUGCGUAACUGCAGCCAGCUGAUCUCGCAGAGUGACCGCGUGAUGUCCAUGCCCCAAUUUGAGUUCAGGAACAUCUGUGAUACCAAGCUGGAGAGCAUCCGCCGGCGAAUCAGCAGAUACCAGCAGUUUGCCCAGGAGCUGAGGAGAAAGGCGUGCCCCACAUUCAAGCAGGCAGGCGUACUGACCCACCCACUGGGCUGCAUGGACUUUGUGCCCACCAACUGCCACGUCAACCUGAUGCAGGUGUCCCACCCCAAGACCACCAUGGUGUCCGGCAGGGCCUUCAGCUUCCGCUUCGGACGCAAGAACUCCUUCUACGGCCUGGACCCCAACCAAGCUAACCUGUCUCGCAUGUCUCACACCCAACACUGUGUGACUAGCAUGGGUGCCCCGUCUUACAGCUGCAGCGAUCUCGGGGAGGAGGGGGAUGGUGAGGAGGACAUCGAGGGCUCUGGAGAGGGCAUCCCAGACAGGAUGCAGCAAGCCAACCGGGGGAAUGGCCUCAGCUUCCUGCUCAAACAGGAGGACAUGGAGAUCCAGGAAGCCUACAUCCACCUCUACAACCGCCUGAACAUCGCCGUGCAAGAGAUGAGGCAGUACGUCACCCAGAUAGACGUCCUCCUUUUGUCCAUCACGGAGCCCACCCAGCCGCAGGGCAGCGAGUCCCCAGCCUACGAGGCCAUUCAGCCCCCUUCCGUGACCCCCGAAGAGGGGGACCAGGAAAAGGCGGAGCACGGGGGCAUCAAAAGGGUCUGCUUCAUGGUGACGGAAGAGGACCAAGAGGACUCGGGCCAAGACACCAUGAGCUACAGGGACUCCUACAGUGAAUGUAACAGUAAUAGGGAUUCCGUCUUGUCAUACACAAGUUUACGUAGCAACAGCUCUUACCUGGGGAGUGAUGAGAUGGGUUCAGGUGAUGAGCUGCCCUGUGACAUGAGCAUUCCCUCUGACAAGCAGGACAAGCUGCACGGCUGUUUGGAGCACCUUUUCAACCAGGUGGACUCCAUCAACAGCCUGCUCAAAGGGCCCGUCAUGACCAAGGCCUGCGAGGAGACCAAGCACUUUCACCCUGACCACACUAAGCCAGAGUUCCGUCACACUGAAGACUGGAUGGUGCACUGUCACAUCAUCCACAAGAACAUCCAGGAGGACCCUUGGAACCUGCCCAGCUCAAUUAACACACUGGUGGAGAGCCUGCAACGAUUUGUGGAUGAUGGGAAGAACCAGGUGCUUCUGGCUCUGCUCAAAUGUACAGACACGGCUCUGCAGCUGCAGCGGGACGUGAUCUUCUGCCAGAGUGCGGUGAGCGCUGUGUGCACACUGGCCGAGCAGCUCCUGGCGGCGCUGCGGGCACACUUCAACAACGCUGGCGAGUACGAGGAAGACUGCAAGGACACGAGCCGUAAGUGGCUGGAGCAGGCGGCCGCCAUCGGCGUGCUGCUCAACUUCCAGGCAACGCUGGCACCCCACGUGAAGGAGGAGAGGACAAUGCUGGAGGAUACCCAGGCAGCCCUGUUGGACCUGGACAAAGUCACCGUGUUCUUCCGCCAGCUGGAAGAUGAAUGCCUGGUUGUAAACACGCCGGUGUGUUACCACGUGGAGGGCACCCGGCAGGCCCUGAGGGUCACCAUGUACCUGGACAGCUGCCACUUCAGUGAGCUCCCCACACGCCUGCAGAAUGGGGGCAGCCUCAAACUGCACACUGUACUCUUCACCAGCGCCCUGGAGAGGCCAGAGGGAAUGUCCGAGCAGGACUACGUGUCCAUAGAAGAGUUCCAGCAACGCACCAACGCCGUCGCACUGGAAAGGGUCAAAGCCUACUACCGAAAACUCAGGGCUUUUUACCUGGAGAAGUCAAAUCUUCCCACCGACUCCAACACCACAGCUAAGAAGAUAGACCAGCUCCUCAGACCCCUCAACACUCUGGAUGACCUGUGUCGUCUGAUGCAGUCAUAUGUCAACGUGCAUCCCAAUGCCGCAGGCCACCCCUCUGGCGUCAGCGUCCUGUGUGUGUCCUCCGAGCUGUGCAACCGCCUGGGCGCCUGCCACAUCACCAUGUGUGCUACUGGCAUGCAAAGGUGCACCCUGAGCGUGACCCUUGAUCAGGCUAUGAUCCUGGCGCGGAACCACGGCCUCAUGCCCCGCUGCAUCAUGCAGACCAUGGACAUCAUGCGCAAACAGGGCACCAGGGUAGAGAUCUCGGCUAAAAACCUCAAAGUGAUGGACCAGAUGCCGCCCGCAGCCCCAAGGCUCUUCAAGUUGUGUCUGCCACCCGAAGACGGAGAUCUAUAAGAGACUAAGCAUCGCUGUGUUUUUAUUCCGCUCUGCUCAUUUAUUUAGCCAAGAUGCUCCACUCAGUAACAAUUGUCAGUGUUUUCCAGGGAGUCCUCGGUUCCAUAGAAUCAAUAAAAACAUAUACAGCAUACCCAUUGGCAUACAUACAAAAGCACAUCAAAAAUCACCGCAUGCACAGAAGCACACACAUCAUACGCGGUAGCAUACAUACAAAACAAUGCUCACAUUACAGCUAUGUGUACUGCUCUUUUGAAGGCGGGCAUGCUAGCUAGCUGUCGUGUGGAUCAGUCAAGCUUGUUCCAGAGCAAUGGAGACUGCAGACUGCCUUGAAAGGCCAUAUUUUUCACUAAUGGUUGUGCCAGUAGAUGUGGGUCCCAUUGGUCAGAGGCUUUGACUGCUGCUCUGGUGUGCCCCCGGAGGAUGGGUGGAGACUCCCACCUGAACAGGUCUGACAUGUGUUCAGGCAGUCUGUGCUGUGUGUCGUUGAAAACAGUCACUGGGGUGUUGUAAUGGAUCGUGACUCUGUCAGUGGUUCGAUUGCAGCUUUUUACAGAAGAAACUCUGUUUUUAUGUGUUCCCUCCGUGAAUGCCCGGUCAUGAUACCAGCAGCCCUGUUGAUGAUACGCUGUAGCCGGUUAAGACCUGUCUUAUUGUCCUAAUGUAGGGUGGGAAGCGAUACUGUGGCACAGUAGUCCAGGUGAGUUGUUAUGGUGUGGUAAAUUGUCAGAAUGAUGUCCUUGGAAACAAAGUCCCUUGCUCUUUUUAGCCCAGACAGUAGUUUCCCUGGGGCCAGGCUGGCGUGUUCAUAAGUGUUUUGUCCAUCUGUUAUUGUGGUACUUUUACCUGUGUAUCUCAGCUUUUGUGGGUUGCCAAACAGCAUUGCCUUGGUUUUCUGAGGGUGUAGGGAGAGCUUGUUGUCAGCAAACCAAGCUGCUGCCCUCUUGAUGUCGUUUGACACUGACUCCUCACUCUCCCUUGUGGUAUUUGCUGAGUAGUAAAGGACUGUGUAAUCUGCAUAUACAGUACAUUCUGAAAGUAUUCAGACCCCUUGACCUUAUUCUAAAAUGGAUUAAAUAUUUUUUGCCUCAUCAAUCUACAUACCCCAUAAUGAAAAAGCAAAUGUUUUUUUAGACAUGUAUAAAAAUAAAAAUAAAAAACAUACCUUAUUGACAUAAGUAUUCAGACCCUUUGCUAUGAGACUCAAAAUUGAGCUCAGGUGCAUCCUGUUUCCAUUGUUCAUCCUUGAGAUGUUUUCUAUAACUUGAUUGGAGUCCACCUGUGGUAAGUUCAAUUAAUUGGACAUAAUUUGGAAAGCCACACACCUGCCUAUAAGAAGGUCGCACAGUUGACAGUGCAUGUCAGAGCAAAAACCAAGCCAUGAGGUCGAAGGAAUUGUCCAUAGAUCUCCGAGACAGGGUUGGGUCGGCACAGAUCUGAGAAAAGAGCAAGAUGGUGCCGACAGAUGGUCCCCUUCUUUGUCCUUAGGAAACUAUGCAGUAAUUCGUUUAUGUAUUAUUUCUUACAUUGUUAGCCCAGAAAAUCUUAAGUGUUAUUACAUACAGCUGGGAAGAACUAUUAGAUAUAAGAGCGACGUCAACUUGCCAACAUUACGACCAGGAAUACGACUUUCCCGAAGUAGAUCCUUUGUUUGGACCUCCACCCUAGACAUUGGUUCUAAUCCCAGAGGCCGACCCAAAACAACGUCAUCGCCGCAGGAGAGGCAAACAGAGCGGGCUCCUGGUCAGACUUAAAAGGUGAGCACACCAUCCACCGUUUCCGAGCGUAUUACUCUGACCUAGAAUUCCUUACAAUGAAAAGCCGACCCCAUUAUCUUCCAAGAGAAUUCUCUUUGAUUAUAGUCUUUGAUUAUAGUCUCCCCCCAAGCAGAUACCUCGACGGCCCUGAAAGAACUUCACUGGACUCUAUGUAAACUGGAAACCAUAUACUACGGCUGCAUUUAUUGUAGCUGGGGAUUUUAACAAAGCUAAUUUGAGAAGGUUACCGAAAUUCUACCAGAACAUUGAUUGUUGCAGCUCCUCGAGCAAAACAUUGGACCACUGCUACUCUAACUUCCGCGAUGCGUACAAGGCCCUACCCCGCCCUCCCUUCGGCAAAUCUGACCAUGACUCCAUCUUGUUGCUCCCCUCUUAUUGGCAGAAACUAAAGCAGGUUGCAUCCGUGCUUAGGUCUGUCUAUCCAACGCUGGUCUGACCAAUCAGAUUCCAUGCUUCAAGAUUGCUUUGAUCACGUGGAAUGGGAUAUGUUCCGGGUAGCCUCAGACAAUAACAUCAACGUAUAGGCUGACUCGGUGAGUGAGUUUAUAAAGAAGUGCAUUGGAGGUGUUGUACCCACUGUGACUAUUAAAACCUACUCUAACCAGAAACUGUGGAUGGAUGGCGGCAUUCGUACAAAACUGAAAGCGCAAACCACCACAUUUAACCAUGAAAAGAGGUCUGGGAAUAUGGCUGAAUAUAAACCGUGUAGUUAUUCCCUUGGCAAGGCAAUCAAACAAACGAAAUGCCGGGACAAGGUGUAGUCGCAAUUAAACGGCUCAGACACGAGACGUAUGUAGCUCCCAAAGACCAUGGGCUCUCCUUCAACGUGGCCGACGUAAGUAAAACAUUUAAACGUGUUAACCCUCGCAAGGCUGCCAGCCCAGACGGCAUCCCUGCACAGACGGCAUCCCUAGACACGUCCUCAGAGCAUGUGCAGACCAGCUGGCUGGUGUGUUUACGGACAUAUUCAAUCAAUCCCUAUCCCAGUCUGCUGUCCCCACAUGCUUCAAGAUGGCCAGCAUUGUUCCUGUUCCCAAGAAAGCUAAGGUAACUGAACUAAAUGACUAAUCGCCCCAUAGCACUCACUUCUGUCAUCACGAAGUGCUUUGAGAGACUAGUCAAGGAUCAUAACACCUCCACCCUACAUGAUACCCUAGACCCACUCCAAUUUGCUUACUGCCCCAAUAGGUCCACAGACAAUGCAAUCGCCAUCACACUGCACGCGGCCCUAUCCCAUCUGGACAAGAGGAAUAUCUAUGUAAGAAUGCUGUUCAUUGACUGCAGCUCAGCAUUCAACACCAGCUCAGCAUUCAACACCAUAGUACCCUCCAAACUUAUCAUUAAGUUUGAGACCCUGGGUCUCGACCCCGCCCUUUGCGACUGGGUCCUGGACUUUCUGACGGGCCGCCCCCAGGUAGUGAAGGUAGGAAACAACAUCUCCACCACGCUGAUCCUCACCACUGGGGUCCCACAAGGGUGCGUUCUCAGCCCUCUCCUGUACUCCCUGUUUACCCAUGACUGUGUGGCCAUGCACGCCUUCAACUCAAUCAUCAAGUUUACAGACGACACUACAGUGUCAAUGAUGAGACAGCCUACAGGGAGGAGGUGAGGGCCCUCGGAGUGUGGUGUCCAGAAAAUAACCUCACUUAACGUCAACAAAACAAAAGGAGAUGAUCGUUGACUUCAGGAAACAGCAGAGGGGACAUCCACCUAUCCACAUCGACGGGACAGUAGUGGAGAAGGUGGAACGUUUUUUCUUUUUUUUUUUCUCAGCAUACACAUCACGGACAAACCUGAAAUGGUCCACCCACACAGACAGUGUGGUGAAAAAGGUGCAACAGUGCCUCUUCAAACUCAGGAGGCUGAAGAAAUGUGGCUUGUCACCUAAAACCCUCACAAACUUCUACAGAUUCACAAUCGAGAGCAUCUUGUUGGGCUGUAUCACAGGCUGGUACAGCAACUGCACCGCCCUCAACCGCAAGGCUCUUCAGAGGUUGGUGUGGUCUGCACAACACAUCACCGGGGGGAAACUACCUGCUUUCCAGGAUCCCUACAGCACCCGAUCUCACAGGAAGGACAAAAAGAUCAUCAAGGACAACAACCACCCGAGCCACUGCCUGUUCACCCCGCUAUCAUCCAGAAGGUGAGGUCAGUACAGUUGCAUCAAAGCUGGGACCGAGAGAUUGAAAAACAGCUUCUAUCUCAAGGCCAUCAGACUGUUAAACAGCCAUCACUAACAUAUAGAGGCUGCUGCCAACAUACAGACUCAAAUCACUGGCCACUUUAACAAAUGGAUUUAAUAAUGGUAUCACUAGUCACUUUAAAUAAUGGCACUUUAAUCAUGUUUACAUAUCCUAUGUUACUCAUCUCAUAUAUAUAUACUGUAUUUUAUAUUUAGCCUAUGCCGCACGGGCAUCCUGCAUCUAUAUAUUUAUAUGUACAUAUUCUUAUUCCAUCCCCUUACAUUGUGUAUAUAAGGUAGUCAUUGUGAAUUUGUUAGAUAGUACUGCACUGUCAGAAUAGAAGCACAAGCAUUUCGCUACACUCACAUUAUCUGCUAAAAAUGUGUGUGACCAAUUAGAUUCAUUUGGGAAGGGUAAUAAAAAUUGUCUGCAGCAGUGAAGUUCCCCAAGAACACAGUGGCCUCCAUCAUUCUUAAAAGGAAAAAGUUGGAACCACCAUGACUCUUCCUAGAGCUGGCCGCCCCCAGCCAAAUUAGCAAAAGGGGGAGAAGGGCCUUGGUCAGGAUGGUGACCAAGUAUCUCUCUGACAGAGCUCCAGAGUUCCUCUAUGGAGAUGGGAGAACCUUCCAGUAGGACAACCAUCUCUGCAGGACUCCACCAAUCAGGCCUUUAUGGCAGGGUGGCCAACCGGAAGCCACUCCUCAUGAGGUAAAAGGCACAUGACAGCCUGCUUGGAGAUUGCCAAAAGGCACCUGAAGGACUCGCCGAUCAUGAGAAACAAGAUUCUCUGGUCUGAUAAAACGAAGAUUGAACUCUUUGUCCUUAAUGCCAAGCUUUACGUCUGGAGGAAACCUGGCACUAUCCCUACAGUGAAGCAUGGUGGUGGCAGCAUCAUGCUGUGGGGAUGUUCUUCAGAGACUGGUCAGGAUCGAGGGAAAGAUGAAAGAGCAAAGUACAGAGAGCUCCUUGAUGAAAACCUGCUCCAGAGUGCUCAGGACCUCGGACUGGGUCGAAGUUUCACCUUCCAACAGGACAACGACACUAAGCACACAGCCAAUACAAGGCACAAGUGGCUUCAGAAUGUCAUUGAAUGUCCUUGAGUGGCCCAGCCAGAGUCUGAAUCAAACAUCUCUGGAGAGACCUGAAAAUAGCUGUGCUGCAACACUCCCCAUCCAACCUGACAGAGCUUGGAAGAAUGCGAGUAACUCCCCAAAUAUAGGUGUGCCAAGCUUGUAGUGUCAUACCCAAGAAGACUCAGGACAAUAAACUGGGUAAAGGGUCUGAAGUUUAAUACAUUUGCAAAUAUUCCUAAAAACCUGUUUUGCUUUGUCAUUAUGGGGUAUUGUGUGUAGAUUGAUGAUGGGGAAAAAAACAUUUAAUCCAUUGUAGAAUAAGGCUGUAAUGUUACAAAAUGUGGAAAAAAGUCAAGGGGUCUGAAUACUUUCCGAAUGCACUGUAUAUGUAUAUGGCAAUUCUCCAGCACUGAUGGGGGGGGGGGGGGGGGUGUAAUUUAUGUAAAUGCAGAACAGCAGGGGUCCAAGCUCACUCCCUUGUGGUACUCCAUUCACCACAAGUACCUGGGCUGAUUGCGUGACUUGCAGUUUGGUGUACUGACUUCUCCCCUGUAAGUAUGAUGUGAACCACUUGAUUGCAGUGCUGUCAAAGCCUAGUUUCUCAAGCUUCCUCAGGAACUUGCGUUGGUGGCCAGUGUCAAAAGCUUUCUUCAAAUCCAAGAAGAUUGCUACAAUGACUGCCUGACUGUUAUAAGCCAAUGUCAUGUCCUCCACAACCUUUUGCGCUGCUGUAGAUGUGCUGUGUAUCUUCCUAAAACCUCUUUGAUAGGCUGUAAAUAGGCUGAUGAGUGAGAAAUAGUUAGCAACCUGUGUGCGCACCAGCCUUUCCAGCACUUUGGAGUGCAUAGAAUUGACACUGGAUGGUAGUGGCCACAUCCGAUUUAUCCCCUGACUUGUAGAUUGGUGGUAUAUAAGCCAUUUUCCAUUGACAUGGGAGCUCCCCUUUUGAGAUUGACAGAUUGAGGAUAUGAGUCAGUCGCCAUGGCAUUUCUCUUUAAAAAAAAAAAGUGCUAUUACUGCAAUAUGAAGGCAUUAGUUAUUUAUCGUAUUGGGAAGGAGCAUUUGUAUUCCUCAAUAAUAUCAGGUAUUCAAGAAUUGAAAGCAUUCCAGCCUACACAUCAUGCAGUAUUAAAUGGAGCAAUGGCAUGCCAUGUUUUUUAAAGAACUCCUUGGUCAUUGUAAUGCUUACCGGUCUAAUGAUCUGAUAAAUGUGUUGAAAUUGAAUAAUAGAUCUAUUUUCAAUUCUUCUAUUUACUUUUUUUUUUACACUAACAUUUAGAUUUUUAUAUAUUUUUUCACAUUUUCAAAUGUGCCUUUAUUCAUUUGAAAAGUUAAAGUUGAGUGUGGGGGAGAUUAGCUUUGCCUACACUAUACAAUGAAGUGUUAAAUCAAUGUGGUCCUUGGAGGCAAAGUCAAACAGAUACACACACCAGAUAUCCCCAAAGCAAUGCCAUAUAGAAACUUACCAUGACAUUUUCUCUCCCAUUGUAGAUGAAACUUCUGCACCCGAAUAUGAUAGCUAAUCCCUCAUCAAGUUGUGAAUAGUUAUUCUCUGUAGGAGGGAGAGUGCGUAAUACAAAUCCUAUUCCCCCCUCCGGCAUGCGAUGAGACAAUACUGCCCCUACCCAGUAGGGCGAGGCAUCACAGGAAAGUAUCAGUUAUUUUCCUUCAUCAUAAUGCAUUAACACUCUGCUCGACUGCAACAUUUCUUUUGACAGCUUGAAAGCCUUUUGUAGUUCUGAUCCCCAACACCAUGGCUCGUCCUUCCUCAGCAGCUUUUGCAUAGGACCCAAUAGUGUCGACAGAUUCGGUCGGAAACCUAUUGUAAUAGUUUAAUAGGCCCAGAUACAAUUUCAGUUCUGUGACUGGUGGGCAUUGGUGCGUCCUGCACCGCCCUUACUUUCUCUGGCACUGGAUGCUGUCCAGUAGCGUCCACCCUGUGUCCUAGGAAUGUCACUUCCUUCUCCAUGACGCUGCACUUUCUCCGUUUCAAGCGUAGCCCAGCCUCCUCCAGUCGCUGUAACACUCUGUCCAGUGUUCGGAUGUGGUCCUGAUCAUUUCUUCCUGUCAGGAGAAUAUCAUUGAGAUACACUGGGUAAUCCCCUGUAGAAUCUCCUCCAGAGUGUGCUGGAAGAUAGUGGGACUGGAGCUGACGCCAAAGGGUAACAUGGCUUAGGUGAAUAGUCCUUUGUGUGUGUGUUCACUGUGACAUAUUUCUUUGAAUCUUCACCUAGCACAAUUUGCUGGUAAGCAUGACUCAAGUCUAGUUUGAUGAAUUCUUCUCCUCCAGCUAAGGAUGUGAACAUGUCCUCCAUUUUAGGAAUGGGGUACUGUUCUAGUGAUGAUAACUCUGUUUACUGUUACUUUAUAGUUACCACACAAUCUCACUGUACCGUCUGGUUUUAACACUGGGACUAACAGUGCUGCCCAGUCUGAGAACUUCCCUGGUUCCAUGAUUUUGUUGUCCUGGCAACAAUCUAACUCAGCCUCUAUCUUAGUUUUCAUUGCAAAUGGUACUUACCUUGGUUUGAAGAAACGGGGUGUGGCAUCACUUGAUACAUGUAUCUUUGCUGUAAAUCCUUUCAACCUGCCCAACUCAUCCUUGAACACUUCCUCAUGUUUCUUUAACACUUCCUGUGGAGCAUCUUUGCUGUCAAGCAUCUUAUUCAUGGUAUGCCAGUCCACAUCCAACAUGGUGAUCCACCCUCGCCCCAGCAGGUUUGUUCCUGACCCAGCUACAACUACAACUGGUAGCUCUUUGACUAUUCCUUUGUAUUCAACAUUCACCUUAGCUGAUCCUACAAUGUCCACGUUUCUGUCCUGUAUAUGUUUUCAGACUGAUAAAACAUGUACCUAUCUCUGGAACCUUUGCUUUCUUCCCUAGCCUAGCAUUACUCUGACUGUGACGUUACACUACAGCCACUAUCUCAUACUUCACUUUACAUCCAUGUACAGUUAAAUACUGUCUAAGCGGAGGUACCUUAGUAAAGGUAGUGUCCAUAUUGUGAAUAGUAAACACAUCCGCACUAUACUCUUCCUCUUCCUGUAUGAAAUUUGCCCUUUUCGAAUGUCUCUCUCUCCCCCCUCGAGUCGUUUUAGGAGCCUGCGUGAUCAUUUAGUCUGCGACUGUAAUUCUGCAGGCCCUCUUUAUGUGCCCCAUUUGACCACAGUUGUGACACUUUUCUCCCGUGAACUUUCACUCAAUAUCCUCCCAUCCUUGAAGACAACAUCGAUAGAUGUGUGAAAGGAGAUUUUACUCUCGGCUACCAACCAAGUCAUGUCAGAUCAGUAAUUAUUUCUGCAGCCUAUCAUCAUUGAUCCAAUGAUUUAUUUAUUUUUUAAAGGGGAGAAUCCAUCCAUGGAUAUAUUCAAACAGCACCUAUAUGCUACUUUGCAGGAGUGGUCCUUGAGUUGCCUCUCCUCCCAGAGACGUUUGCGUAAAAUCCUUGCUUUACUCAUCCUGCAGCCAUUGUUUAGGCCUAUAAUUCCGUUAUACUAUAGUCUAAUUUACUUUCACUUGCCCACUGUAACCUGCUGUUAGCCUACAGGUUAUGGGUACUCAGUCUAGUGAGCCGCUAUAGGUUUAGUCUGUGUUUAUAAUGGGCUGCAAAAUAGCGGUGUUGUAGCGAAUUUGGAGGGCAGCUCGACAUGGGAAACAUACACACUCUUAGCCCCUGGUCUCCAUGAUCCCAAAGUAAUUAGCCUCAUUAGAAGGAUAAGGGGGAAAUACUGUUAGUAAAGCACCAUGGGUAAUGUCAUUAACCUCUAAAAGUCUAAGCCAUUGGUGGGAGGGGGUACUACGCUAACAUAUGGAAUUGUUUUAAGUUGGUGAUAUCAUUUAGCUAUUUGAUUUAGAAUUUUAGGACCCCUUUAGGUAUCUAGCUAUUUGAUUUAGAAUUUUAGGACCCCUUUAGGUAUCCCCCCCAAAAUAUUAUUUUAUCAAAUGCAUUGAAUAACACAUUUAUAAAUGGCAAAAUACAGUAAAUUUAGCGCAUUUUCUAUAUUAGCGGGUUAGGGUCAGGUGCGGGCCUCAGAUUUUCACUUCAUAAAAUAUUGUCUGGUGGUUGCGGAUGGGACAUUAGCAAUUACGGCGCAACACUAGUGUGCACAGUGACGCCUGUUAUACAUGCAUGCCACCAAACGUCUGCUUGUGUGUGUGAGAGAGACAUUUUUCUCCAAAGGACCCCAUUAAUAUACCACUUUGGAUGAGCAGUGUCUUUACAUUCGCACUGUGAUAGUGCGGCUGGGAUGGGCUGGAUAGUAGCAUCCACUUGAAGCACGUAUUUAGAAAUCACCCAGUUUUCCUAACUGCAACAAACUUACAUUUUUCAAAUGACUCAAGGUAAAUAAAACAUGUAAAACUCCA